AUGUCGCAGUCGCCGUUCACGCUGCAGUCGUUCAAAUACUCGGACGAUCGCCUCGAGAUUUUGAACCAGCUUCUGCUUCCACAUACAAUCGAGUAUGUCGAAAUUAACAGCGUUGAGGAGGCCCACGAUGCCAUCAAAUCUAUGAAGAUUCGAGGGGCACCGGCUAUUGCGUCUCUGGCUGCAUUAUAUAUAGCCUUGUAUCUGAAAAGGUCCUUGAAUACUGCUCCUGCGCCCAAGUUCCUCGCUUCGACGGAGUCAUUGGCGGCCGACAUCACCCCAAUACUUGAUUACCUGUAUACUGCUCGUCCAACCGCUGUCAAUCUUGGUGCGGCCAUGCGACGAUUGCACCAGGCUCUUGCCGCGUCGGUUGCAGCUGCUGAGGAUGUCCAGUCUGCCACCCGCAGAUUGAUAAAGGAGGCAGAGGAUGUGUCGAACGAAGAUGUUGGUCGGAAUAAAGAGAUGGCUCGCUUGGGGGGCGAAUGGCUUAUUGAACAAGUGAAACAGAGGGGAGGGGGUGGGAAAGAACUCAAUGUACUCACUGUCUGCAACACGGGAUCUCUUGCGACCUCCGGAUAUGGAACGGCCCUUGGUUUGAUCACAUACCUACACGAAACUGGACAUCUUGACAAAGCCUACUACACACAGACGGCCCCGUACCACCAAGGUUCAAGGUUAACUGCCUUGGAGCUUCAGACUCUCCAAAUACCGUCUGUAAUGAUCUGUGACACAAUGAGCUCGAUUUCAGCUGUGGGGGCCGAUCGGGUAGCCAAAAACGGGGACACAGCAAACAAGAUCGGCACAUACAACGCUGCUGUGCUUGCUGCGCGUCAUAAUAUCCCCUUCAUUGUUGUUGCGCCGGUAAGCACGGUCGAUCUCGAUGUACCCGACGGUUCUCGCAUCCCGAUAGAGCACCGGCCGCCUGUCGAAGCUUGCAUUAUACGAGGGGCGUUGUACCCUGGUACUGAGGAUGACAAGGCACAGGCGGUGGUGAUGUUCACUCCGAAGGGUCUCACAGGGAUUUACAACCCCAGUUUCGACGUCACUCCGGCCGAACUGAUAACUGCAAUCGUAACAGAAAAGGGCGUCGCAGUAAAGAAAGAGGGCGAACAGCAGUUCGAUCUCAGUGGAAUUGUUUGA